AUUCAUUAACUGGCAUCCCUGCCGGGUGGUGUGUGCGGCUAAUAAAUUGUGUAUCUGUAAUUUACUGUAAUUUUAAUUGUAAACAAUGUAUUUUAUAAAUCAUGCUUAUUCGUACGUGUAAGAAUAAAAUCGUAUUAAAUAUCAAGCCAAUGUUGUAAUUCAAGGGCGUUUAUUUGCUUUUUAUAUUGAUGUGAGGUGCUCGUGCUUUGUCUUCGUGUGUGACAAUAUACUCAAAAUGGCGCAUCAACUGGCACCGUCUGUAAAUACUUCAUUGGACGACAUUGACCUCAGUGCAUUAAAGGACCCGGCUGGUAUAUUUGAACUUAUAGAAGUAGUGGGCAAUGGCACCUAUGGACAGGUAUACAAGGGUCGUCACACUAAAACAGGCCAACUUGCUGCCAUCAAAGUUAUGGACGUCACACAGGAUGAAGAGGAAGAGAUAAAGCUAGAGAUCAAUGUCCUAAAGAACUAUUCCACUCACCGUAACAUAGCAACUUAUUAUGGUGCUUUUAUUAAAAAGAGCCCGCCUGGCAAAGAUGAUCAACUUUGGUUGGUUAUGGAAUAUUGUGGUGCUGGAUCUGUGACAGACUUGGUGAAAUCAACCAAGGGCCAAUCGUUAAAAGAAGAAUGGAUUUCCUAUAUUUGUAGAGAAAUCUUAAGAGGUCUAAGCUAUUUGCACUCCAAUAAAGUUAUACAUCGUGACAUAAAAGGACAAAAUGUACUUCUUACUGACAAUGCAGAAGUCAAACUUGUUGACUUUGGAGUAUCGGCGCAGCUUGACCGCACGAUCGGCAGGAGGAACACGUUCAUCGGCACUCCGUACUGGAUGGCGCCCGAGGUGAUCGCGUGCGAUGAGAACCCCGAGGCCACGUACGAUAAUCGCUCUGACCUCUGGUCGCUCGGUAUCACUGCACUCGAGAUGGCCGAGAGUCAACCACCUCUGUGCGACCUGCAUCCAAUGAGAGCACUUUUUCUCAUUCCAAGAAAUCCGCCUCCUCGCUUAAAAUCUAAGAAAUGGGCCAAAAAGUUUCAUGGCUUUAUUGAGACUGUACUUGUGAAAGACUACCACCAGCGUCCGUACACUGAGCAACUCCUGAAGCACCCGUUCAUUAGGGAUCAGCCAACGGAGAGACAAGUGCGGAUACAGCUCAAAGAUCACAUAGACAGGUGUAAGAAGAGAAAGCAGGACAACUCUGUGCGGGAGGACUACAAGUACUCGGGCUCGGAGGGCGAGGAGGAGGACAACGCGGUCGCCGGCGAGCCGUCCUCCAUCGUGCACAACGCCGCCGCGCACCAGGGCGGCGACACGCUGCGCAGGAACUUCCAGCAGAUACAAGAGGGCAGGGCGGCUGAAGCACAGCAGCCGCAACCGCCGCCUAAGCGAAACAGCAAACGGGAAGAACGUGAGGAGAUACCAGAGCCCGGCCCACCGGCCAGGCCGUCCAUUCCACAAAGACUGAUUGUAGUGCCAGAUCCGCAAGCGCAACAGCCAAAUAGAUAUAGACCUCUGCCGCCCACGCCGAAGUCCUCGGGCUCGUCCAACAGCUCGGGCUCCAACAACGGCACGCCGCAGCCGCCGCAGCGUGGCUCACACCACAUAUUCAAGCCCAUGCUUCCGCCGCGGAGGCCAGAGGACUUGGACAAGCUAGCGGCGCAGCUCAACGAGUUUGCCGUGGUGUCUGGGAACGAGCCGCCGAACCGACCGCCGCGGGCUCCUACCAACGGACAAGGUCCGCCGGUGGAGCGCAGCGCGCCCGAGCCGCCCUUCGAGGAGUCUGACAGUGACUCGGAGGCCGAGGAGAGCGGCGGCCGCGUGCGCAACGACGGCACGCUGCUCGCCAGCGACCCGCCCAAGCCGCUGCCGGGGCUCAGCGCGGUGUCGGAGGACGGCUGCGGCGGGUGCGCGCCCACUCGCCCGCUGCCGCCCACGCCUGACGACGACGACCCGCACGCCGACCGCACGCUCGUCAAACGGCAGAGGGAGACUCAAAAUGAUAAAAGACAAUCUGACGUUGACGAAGCGGUUCUACUGAAGGAUUGGGACUUCGCCAGAUUUUUCCCUUUGAACAAUACUGAUGCCAAAGAAGAAAAACAAGAUAUAUCUAAGGAAUCGGAACACAAGCGUACCCAAGUCCAACGUCAAUCUCGAAUCGAAAUGGAGGACGCGUGGGCCAAGUACAAAGCUACGGCGACGCCGCCGGCGCGGCACAAGCAACUGCAAAAACCCAGCGGAAAGUCUACGCAAGAAAAGUUGACAGACAUUUUAAAAUACAAAAAAGAGCAGGACUCCGAUACGCCGUCCUCCAACAGAUUCUUUAGGGGAUUCAGGCGAGAGAACUCCGACCUGUUUCCACUGUCGAGCACUCGACAUUCCGCAAUAUACUUCCCGAAACACGACAACCAUGCGGGCGCGAAGCAGCUGAGGUCCAGCGGGAUCUUUAAUCACUCGCGCAAACAAGCCAACAAGCCGCAAACAUCGGGCGAGCCCAUCCUCACGGAUUUCAUUAAAAUGAACGAUAGCUUAAAGAUGGCACAGAGGAACGAAUUUAAGAAAGUGGAAAAGAAAAGCCCGGAGAAGAAGUCGGCAGCUAAUAACCCCAUCGAGGCUCUGAAGCACGUGGCAGUGCUGCUGCGACAGGACAGCAGCCCGGGCCGCGACAGCGCGGGCGACUCGCCGGCGAGCAGCAUCCGCUACGAGGCGGGCUCGCCCGACCUCACCGCCGACGCGCCCGCGCGCCCGCGCAGGGAAAAGACCGAGUCCGAUAUCGUAUUCCGGAGAAGUUCUCUCUUUAAUCGGCACACAGAGCUUAUAUCGAGUGGGCAGGAAGCGGUAAUCGCACAGGAACAGGGUCGAUCGAGUGGGAACAACGAAGGUAGCGGUUCCCGAACGAGCUCUGUACUGCCGGAUCUCCUCAGCCAGGCCGGCCAGCCUACCACUCCGCCGCGACACGACAAGUCGACCAGCGAAGAGUAUAGGCAAGCGAUCGCGGGCGGCGCGAUCGGCGGGGGCACGCCCGCGCCCCUGCACCACCACCACCCGCCCCCGUCCUCCGCCCAGUCGACCCCCUCCAAGUCGUUCGUGGCGGGCGCGGGGUCGCCGCACGGGCACGCGCUGCAGCACUCGCCGUCCAACUCGUCGGUGGGCUCGCAACAGUUCCUCCCCUUGCAACAGAAGCAGCGCUCGUUCCUCACGUUCGGCUUCGGCGCGGGCGCGGGCACCGGCGGCUCGGGCACGGGCGGCUCCGGCAACGCGUCGCGGCGCGAGAGCCACGUCAACGUCAACGUGACGCCCACCGGACACGACCUGUCGUCCGACACGCCGGAGAUACGCAAGUACAAGAAGAGGUUCAACUCGGAGAUACUCUGCGCGGCGCUGUGGGGGGUCAACCUGUUGAUAGGAACAGAGAAUGGACUCAUGUUAUUGGACCGCUCCGGCCAAGGGAAGGUGUACCAGCUGAUCUCUAGACGCCGCUUCCAGCAGAUGGAAGUGUUAGAAGGACAAAACAUACUUGUAACUGUAUCGGGGAAGAAGAAUCGUGUACGAGUCUACUACUUGAGUUGGUUGAAGUCAAAGAUCUUGCGUACGGAUGGUGCCAAUGAUCAAGUGGAAAGGAGGAAUGGUUGGAUUAACGUGGGAGAGUUGCAGGGAGCGGUCCACUUCCGCAUAGUCAAAUACGAGCGAAUCAAGUUCCUUGUCAUCGCUCUCAAGGAUUCCAUAGAGAUUUACGCGUGGGCGCCUAAACCAUAUCACAAAUUUAUGGCCUUCAAAAGUUUCGGUGACUUACAACAUAGGCCAUUAUUAGUCGACUUAACUAUUGAAGAAGGUACAAGACUGAAAGUAAUUUAUGGAUCAGCCGAUGGCUUCCAUGCCGUCGACCUCGACACUGCCAGUGUAUAUGACAUUUAUAUUCCAAAACAUACACAAGGAGCGAUAGUUCCUCACUGCAUUGUGCCACUGCCUAACUCCAACGGGGUGCAGCUAUUAUUGUGCUACGACAACGAAGGUGUCUACGUCAAUACUUACGGCAGAGUUAGCAAAAAUAUACUCCUACAGUGGGGCGAGAUGCCCACCUCGGUGGCGUACAUCGGCACGGGGCAGAUCAUGGGCUGGGGCAACAAGGCGAUCGAGAUCCGCUCGGUGGAGAGCGGCCACCUGGACGGCGUGUUCAUGCACAAGAAGGCGCAGCGGCUGAAGUUCCUGUGCGAGCGCAACGACAAGGUGUUCUUCUCGUCGGCGAAGGGCGGCUCGUCGUGCCAGAUCUACUUCAUGACGCUCAACAAGCCGGGCAUGGCCAACUGGUAGCCAACGGAAUACAAACACUUGUGAUAAUGACAGAUGUUGAUAUGUGCUCAAAAGACAAUCCACAAAUAUUACGAUCCAUUUACCUUUUAACGAAUGUGGCGUUUUGUACUGAAUACUGUAAUUUCAAUACGAGCUACUGAGAAAGGACAUGUCCCAAAAUGGGAAUUUAUUAUUUAUAAUUUAUGAGCAGAUCGAUAGUAUUUUUUACGGAUAGGAGAUACAAAUUUCUGUUGAGAAAAUAAUUUACAGAAUUUUUGGAACCCACAUUAAUUAGAUAUUUUUUUUGUUUUUGUUUUGCUAACAGCCAAUAAAAACACCUGGAAUUGAAUUCAUAUCCGGUGUAAGCUGUCAAUGUCAUGUAAUAUUAUCAAAUGUCAAUAAGACAAAAGUUAAAAAGAAACAUAAAAUCGUAGACAGAGAAGCAUUAAACAAAAUAAUCCUCAAAUUCCUUAAAAAUUGCCAUAAACGAAUCACUGACAAUCUGUCAGGGUGUGAGUUACAAGCAUUUUUCCAUGAUUAAAAUUCUUAAUUAAUGUUGUCAGCUAAUGAAAAAAAUACAUUUUAUUUAAUUAAUGAAAAUAAUGCGGGUUCCAAAAUUUUUUUUAUUUUGGGUAAGCCCUAUAUUUUAUGUUCUUUUAUGAUAAAAAUAAUUUGUUCUGCUUAAUUGACAUUCGAAAUAAAGGCCCAGCCUCCAUACAAAAUUGGGACAUGUCCUUUAUAUUAUUAAGCAAUAACCUAUAGGAUAAAUGUUUUGAUAUUGACAAUUAUUCGUAAGUUAAAAUACCGCUUAGGUUUUAUGUUGCAGGUGUUAAUUUCUGUAAGAGAAAAAAUGUAAUUCAUAAAAUCAGACGAUCGAUUCAUAUUAUGCCAUAUAUUGUUUGUAAUGUUAAGCUAGUUGGUCACGAUUCCCAUUGGAUACGUAAUGACGUUUUUUGUUAAUUUAAUUUACACAAAAAUCGAUGCCAUGUUGGACAUAUUUGUAUUAUUAUCAACAAAUGAAUACAAUUCGAUUUAGAUACUGUAAAUUAAACACGACUCUAUAAAGUUAAGAAAUUGGCACUUUAGUCAAGUCACCGUGUAUGAUAAUAAUCACACCAAACUGCAAUAAUUUUAUUAAUGGAUAAAUCCUAAAAAUUUGGUACUAUUUAUUAUUUAUUUGUUAUGUACUAUAUUAUUUACAUGUAUAAAGAUGUAACUGUGCAUAUUGAAAAUUAUAUAUUUGAUGACAUUUUAUUUGAAAUUCCUUAGCCCAAUAAAAAAAAUUAAACUAUUAAA